CGGUGGAUUAUCCCAAUGAUAACAUCACGGCCGUUGGUGGAAGCUAUAAUCAUAUAUUCACAUAUGAUACAACACUGAUCACAUCAUUGUACUUCACAACCUCAAGAGGAUUUACCUCCCCUUUAUUUGGUGAGAUGAAGGGAACAGAAUUCGAGUUCAAAGGUGAAAAUGGAGAAAAGCUUCUUGGAUUCCAUGGACGUGCUGGUCAGUCUAUUGAUGCUAUUGGGGCUUACUUCGACACUGGUUCUAAACCGGGCGGCGACUCAAAAGAAGGAAAAGGAACUGAGAGCGGUUCUAGCACUCAACGACUGGACGUACAAGGAGGAAAGGGAGGCAAUCACUGGGACGACGGGGGGGAUCACGAUGGUGUGACAAAGAUACAUGUUGCAGUUGGUGGAUGGAUUGAGCAAAUCAGGUUCGAGUAUGUCAAGAACGGACAGGCAAAGGAAGGACCCGCCCAUGGUGUGAAGAGGGGCAGAUCUUCCAUUAACACGUUUGAGAUAAGUCAUCCAAACGAGUAUCUUCUUUCCGUGAAGGGUUGGUCAGAUUCAUCCAACAAAAUUGCGGGACUUCAAUUCAAAACCAACACAAAGACUUCAGACUAUUAUGGAUUUGAUAAAUCUCCUGAAGACGAAAGUACAGACAUUUUACUUGAAGUGAAAGGCAAGAAGAUCGUCGGUUUUCAUGGCUUCGCGGACUCUCACGUCAUUUCUCUUGGGGCUUAUUUCGCUCCAGUAGCCAACUGAAAACUUUGUUGGGGUUUGUUUCUUUCUUUCCGUGUGAAUAAAGUUACAUCAGAGUCAAACUUGUGGAUUUGUCAAUUCGAGGUGACUUGAUGAGCUAUGUUUUUUUGUUUCUGUCUUAGUGUGUCGUUGGUGUAGUCACUUGUAUGGUUUGUUUCUUGAUUUUCUUAUGAAUAAAGGAUGUCUCUGUUAUUUUCA